AUGGGUCUGACAAUCGGAGCCAUGGGCGUACUUUGCCUAUUAGUGCUCCUGUUCAGUCAGUUGGUGCUUGGUCUGCACUAUGAUCAAGAAUUGGCUGACUACAAUCUUAAUGAGAACAAGACUGCAAAGCGUGUUCUUGAUUACUGGGGCAAAUGGCCAAAGCAUAAGUACAACCCGUCGCCUUCAAAUUGGCGAUUUCCCUUCUAUACACUCUUCCUCGAUCGAUUUGCUGACGGCGAUCCGGAAAACAAUGACAUCAAUGGAACGGUGUUCGAGACCGAUACAUUCUCAAACCAGUAUCGUUUUGGAGGCGACAUGGAUGGAUUGAAGGAGAAUUUAGAUUAUAUACAAGGCAUUGGAAUCAAGGGAGUCUAUAUUGCUGGUACCCCUUUUGUCAACUUUCCUUGGAAGUCGGAUAGCUAUUCGCCCUUAGACUUCAGUCUGCUGGACAAACACUAUGGUACUAUCCAACAGUGGAGAUCUGCGAUCGAUGAAAUUCACCGACGAGGGAUGUAUGUAAUGGCGGACAGCACCUACGGAACUAUGGCGGAUUUGCUCGGGUUUGAAGGAUUUCUCAACAGCACCGCGCCGUUGAACCCACUUGAAUACAGGACAGUUUGGAAAGAAAAUCAGCAAUAUUUCGAUUUCUCCCCGAGCAAUCAAUACAAGGAAGAUUGCAAGUAUCCCACAUUCUAUUCCGAGGUGGGAGUGCCCGUUGGAAAUGAAACUGAGUUCCUGAAUCUACUGAAGGGCUGUUAUGAUAGUGACUUUGACCAGUAUGGUGCCAUGGACUCUGUUAGCCUCGCGCCUGACUGGCAAAAGUCUCUUGCAAAAGCUGCCUUGGUGCAAGAUCGGCUUCGAGAAUGGGUUCCAUCGGUCAGACAAAAGAUCGAGCAUUUCACUUGCAUGCUUAUCACUUCCCUCGACAUUGAUGCGCUCCGCUUUGACAAAGCAGGCCAAAUCACAGUGGAUGCCUUUGCAAUCAGCUCUCUGGCUAUUCGGGAAUGUGCGUCUCGCCUGGGUAAGGACAACUUCUUCAUCGGGGGCGAGUUCACUGCGAGCAACUCCUACGCAUCGAUCUAUCUUGGUCGCGGACGCGAGCCAGAAAUGAGACCCAAUAAUCAAACUGAAGGCAUUUCUCUCACCAAUGCUUCAGAUGAUCGAUAUUUCCUUCGGCGGCCAGAGGGACACGCGGCUGAUGCGGCAGUGUUUCACUACGGCAUCUAUCGUGCUCUUACUAGGUUUCUUGGUAUGGAUGGCAAUUUCACCGCACCAGCAGAUACUCGUGUUGACUUCGUCGAUGCUUGGAACGAUAUCUUGAUAACUAAUGAUCUCGUCAACGUCAACACUGGGAAGUUCGAUCCUAGGCAUAUGAUGGGAACUGCUAACCAAGAUACAUUUCGUUGGCCAUCCAUUCGACAGGGAACGGCAAAGAUGUUGUUAGGGCAGUUCAUUACAUCCCUUCAUCUACCUGGCAUCCCCCUCCUACUCUGGGGUGAAGAGCAAGAUUUCUACAUUCUCGACAGUACGAGUCCGCUGGGUAUAUUCGGUCGGCAGCCGAUCACCUCGUCACCUUCCUGGCAGAUACAGGGAUGCUACGGACUCGGGUCAAGUCAGUACAAUGAUUUUCCAGUUGAGGCUGCAUUGACAGGGUGUCACGACGACAAGGUGGGAACGGACCACCGGGAUCCCACACAUCCAGUGCGCAACAUCAUCAAGUCAUUCUACUAUCUCCGUGAACAACUUCCAUCACUUAAGGAUGGCUACUAUCUCCAGAGUCUCUCCAAGCAUACCCGCAAUGUCACCCUUCCUGGAUCUGGUGGCACUGUAACAGAACUGGGAAUAUGGAGUGUUCUUCGUGAUCAGUACCCCGGCGUGAAUGACUUAGACCCGACCAGCAAGACUGCAAUUUGGCUCGUCUAUCAUAACGAAAAUACUUCGGUGUCGUACGAAUUUGACUGCAACUCACCUACCGACAGCUUCCUUGCCCCUUUUGAAGGAGGAAGCAAAGUGAGGAAUUUGCUAGCGCCUUACGAUGAGAUUACUCUGCAAUCCACUCAAAUCAGGCUAGAGAUUCAUGGAUCCCAAGAUUUCAACGGCUGCCUUGAUCGAGCUACUUUGGGUCCUUUCGAAUUCCGUGCCUACGUCCCAAAGGCGCAAUGGGUUCAUCCGCCCGUGGUGAUGACCGCAUUUGCACCAGGACACGAUGCUCGGAUUGAAUCGAACACUACGGCCGUUGACGAGCAAAGCGUUGACAUAGAACUACGGUUCUCAGAGAAACUCGACUGUGACAUGGUGACGGAAAGCAUUACUAUCUCAUCAACUACAGAGACUCAGACGAUUCCAAAAAUCAACACAGAGAGCAUCUCCUGCGAGACGGUGAAGCCAGGAGCUCUGAAGCACGUUGGUCAAGUUUCAAGCGCAUGGGCCUGGAAGGCAACUUUGGACAAUGUCACCCAUGGAAUACAUGUUCUUAACGUCAAAAAUGCCUCCACGGCAACAAAGGCCCGGUCUACAAAUUCUGUUGAUCGGUUGAUGUUCCGCAUCGGGCGCAAAGACAAUCCCAUGAUAUUUCCCAUGUCGGCAAACUACACAAACACUGGCCUCACCAAAUUCAUGGAGAAUGAUGGCUUCUUGGUACAUCACAAUGCUGCCGGUGCAGACAAGUGGCGGUAUUCAACAAACUGGGAAAGCUCGUGGAGUCCAUGGAAAUCCUAUGAUGGGGGUUCAAGCCGAAUCAAUACUCUACCAUGGUCCGGUACAAAGCAACAGCGAUGGGAUGGUGAUCAUGUCAUUCUUCAGUAUUGGAGCAAAGCAGCUGGAAGUGCUCAACAUAUUCAACGCAUGGAUUUACGAACAAAAGACACAGCUCCAAGGCGAUUCCCUCACCUAUUCGCUUUUGGAGAUUUCAAUCGCUUUGGCAAAGACAUCGGCCUCAAAAGCGCUUUCUCACAUGAUCGCAAGGAGGGCACAUGGAAAUUCCACUUGUCGGCUGAAUGGCCUUCGCGAUUCCAAGUCAAUGUCUGGGGUCUCAAUGCUGACAAGGAGCUUGAUCGCACUCUCGUGCUCGGAGACACCCUGAACAGCAGUCGACUAAAUCGGCUUCAGCCUGACUCUCUUUCUGUCGCCGAUAAUAUUGUCAACUUCACUGAGUUGCCGCCCGCACCAUACAUGGCUUACAGAAUGGAACUGGACGAUGGCAAUAUGCAAUUUGAGCUAGUGCCCUCCGGUUUGCGCCUGCACCAACAGAUCAUUUAUGUAUUGUUGUGGUUUCUUCCAGUACUCACUGCGGGACUCAGCGUUUUGAUUUACAUGGGUGCAUUUUACAACAUCAGUUUCAACCGCACAGGUGCCAGCCUGCCAUUUCACAUAUUACCUGCGUUCCUCCGCCCACGUCAAGGAUUUGAGCAAUUGAGCGGCGAAGAAACCAAAGGAGCAUUGAUGACAGAAAUAACUGUGGCAUCUACCACAGGAAUGUUCCCAUUGGCUGCUUCAGUCUCUUCCAAGAAGAAACGAACAGUCUUGCUGGCAACUUUGGAAUACGACAUCGAGGAUUGGGAGAUCAAGAUCAAGAUUGGUGGACUUGGCGUGAUGGCCCAGCUCAUGGGGAAGAAUCUUCCGCACCACGACAUCAUUUGGGUGGUUCCAUGCGUCGGGGGAGUCGACUAUCCAAUCGACACAUUAGCCGAGCCUAUGUCCGUCACCAUCGUCGACAGCGUCUACGAAGUCCAGGUUCAAUAUCACAAGCUGCGAAACAUUACGUAUGUCCUUCUAGAUGCCCCCAUUUUCCGUCAGCAAACGAAAUCAGAGCCAUAUCCCCCUCGAAUGGACGACCUUCAUAGCGCGAUCUAUUAUAGUGCUUGGAACAGCUGCAUCGCUGAGACGGUCAAGCGCUUCUCUCACUGCAUCGAUAUCUAUCACAUAAACGACUACCAUGGUGCAGUUGCACCGCUCUACCUCCUUCCAAAUACUAUUCCGUGUUGUUUGUCACUACACAACGCUGAGUUCCAGGGUUUAUGGCCACUCCGAGAUCAGAAAGAGCUGGAUGAAAUCAGCCAGGUUUUCAACCUCGAUAUUGCUAUGAUCCGCAAAUAUGUGCAAUUUGGCGAGGUCUUUAACCUACUUCAUGCGGGAGCUAGUUACCUUCGAGUGCACCAGCGUGGAUUUGGUGCAGUGGGAGUUUCAAACAAAUACGGCGAUCGCUCCUAUGCACGAUAUCCUAUCUUUUGGGGUCUCAAGGAGAUUGGCAAGCUUCCUAACCCAGAUCCUUCCGACACAGAGCCAUGGGAUCCUGAGACAGAGGCUAACCAGGUCAUUAAGGUUGACCAGGCGUAUGAAAAGUCUCGUGGUGAUGAUCGUUCCAAGGCGCAAAAAUGGGCUGGACUAAAAGUCGACCCGACCGCUGAAUUAUUUGUGUUCGUCGGGCGGUGGUCAGUUCAGAAAGGUGUUGAUCUGAUCGCCGAUGUCUUCCCAGCAAUCUUGGACAAGCAUUCAAAUGUACAGCUGAUUUGUAUCGGCCCUGUCAUUGACAUGUACGGCAAAUUCGCCGCGCUCAAGCUGGAAGAGAUGAUGAAUCUCUACCCCGGCCGAGUAUGCUCGAAGCCCGAGUUCACUGCCUUACCUCCCUUCAUCUUUACGGGAGCUGAAUUUGCUCUUAUACCAUCGCGAGACGAGCCAUUUGGUCUUGUGGCGGUGGAGUUUGGCCGAAAGGGAGCACUAGGUGUUGGAGCUUUGGUCGGUGGUCUUGGUCAAAUGCCCGGCUGGUGGUUCCCCGUUGAGUCCAUGACAGUGAAACAUCUCCAGAAACAAUUCAAAUUGGCAAUCGAAAGCGCUAUCGGAUCAAAGCUGAAAGACCGCGCGAUGAUGCGAGCGAGCUCAGCUAAACAGCGCUUCCCAGUGGCUCGGUGGGUCGAAGAUCUCGAUCAUCUGCAAGCGCAAUCGAUUCGUAUGCAUGAGCAGGAAAAUGACACUUCACGAAAGAAGCGAUCGAGUACUCACUACUCGCGCAGCUUCAGUCAAAUAUCAUUCUUUUCGACGCAAACUGCAAGUCCGAACCUUGAUGAGAUGAAUCCAAUGCCCAGGACUCCAGCACAGAUUUCUGGUGAAGGUCUCCAGCGAACGCUCUCAUUGGGCGUCCGGGCUGGCCCGGGUCAUCAAAUUAGACGAACUGUCUUACAUGAAGGUACUGCAUUGACUCCGAGACUGGAAGAAAUUGCGGAUCCCGAUGAACAGCCUAUCUCACCGGAAGCAGCCGAGGCAAUCAUAAGGCAAGGGCAGAAUAGCCCUUCGUCGUCUGUUACCGACACUGACGACAGGCGACGAGGCCGAUCUCUUUCAGUGACAACUUUGUCACAGCCUUCGGCGGUAGCAGGUCUGGGAAUUCAUGACGCUCAUUCGACCAGGGGCAGGCUGAGGUCCUCUUCGGUCCUGAGCGUGGACCAGAUCAAGGGAACUCGUCAAAGUUUCUCCUUGGAGACUGCAGACCCCACGUUCAAAGACGAAAAUGGCAAAUAUGCGCGGUAUUUUCAGGGCAUGUUGCAGCGCUUGACUGGCAAGAACUCGGAAACUGAACUUUGCAUUGAGGAUUUUAUCGUAAACAGUGAAAAAGAAUGGUCUGAUAGCGUGCGUGAAGUCAAGCUGGGUCGUAUAUCCAGUCACAGUCCUUCGCCCCAUCUGGGAUCUCGAAGAUCACCAUCUCUCAAUGAUCAAGACGAUGAUAUCGAUGACGAUGCAUCCAACUGGGAGGAAUUGUCAAUGCAAGAACUCUUGCGACCUGCAGCUUUCAAGCGACCGCCCUUGAUCCAACGCUGGUUGUUGACGCGCGUGUUUGACUGGCCAGUCUACUCCAUCAUUCUCGCCUUGGGUCAGAUUAUGGCCGCCAACUCAUCUCAGAUUACACUACUUACCUCGCCAUCAGGCUCAAGCCCCAUCACUCUCUAUCUUCUGGGAAGUGUUUAUAUUGUCACAACCUGUUGUUGGUGGCUCGCAUUCCGGCGCAUCCCAUCAUUUUAUCUACUUUCUCUACCUUUUGUGUUUUACAGUCUGGCAUUUUUGACUAUUGGUAUUGCAGCAUUUGUUCCCAAGGGCAAUGGCCAAGAUUGGACAUAUCACAUUGCCACUGCUUUCUACAUCAUUGGCUCUUCCAGUGGAUAUAUGUUCUUUUCGCUCAAUUUUGGAGAUGAUUGUGGUUCAAAGAUUGAAUCUUGGGUGUACCGCGCCUGCAUCAUUCAAGGCACUCAGAAUCUCUACAUCGCUGCACUCUUCUUCUGGGGCGCUGAUAUCGCCUCAGGAAAUGGCAGAGGGGUUCUUGAGAAUGCGGGCGCUGUCGCAGCAAUCACGAUGCCGAUAGCUGCUCUUUUAUUCGGCAUUUCAGUGGUCCUAUUCGCCGGGCUACCCAGCUACUACCGUCAGACCCCUGGCAAGAUCCCAGCUUUCUACAAGAGCAUCCUCCGACGCAAGGUCAUCAUCUGGUUCUCAGUAUCAGUGGUACUACAGAACUACUUUCUCAGCAUGCCCUACCAACGAAAUUGGAAUUAUCUCUGGGCAUCUAAGUACGUGCCACGUUGGGCGAUAUUCUUGCUUGCCGUGGCAUUCUUCCUCGGAGUCUGGUAUGUGCUCCUGGCGAUAUUGGCUUGGCGAUCCAAAAGUCAUUCUUGGAUCAUGGCCAUCUUCGCUAUCGGACUCGGCGCCCCACGGUGGGCACAGAUGCUCUGGAGCACAUCUGGUAUCGGCUGGUGGGUGCCGUGGAUGCUGGGCGGUCCAACUGGAUACGCGAUCGGUGCCCGAGCAGUCUGGCUAUGGCUAGGAGUCUUGGAUUCCAUUCAAGGAGUAGGAUUCGGUAUGAUUCUAUUGCAGACACUCACGCGAAUCCAUAUUGCGGCAUCGUUGUGCGCUGCGCAGUUGAUCGGUACAGUGACAACUUUGGUUGCUCGGUCUACUGCUCCGGAUCGUGAUGGACCUGGAGAUGUGUUCCCCGACUUUUCGGCGGGCAUUAUUGAGGGUAUCUCGAAGCCCUGGUUUUGGAUUGCCUUGAUUUGUCAGUUGGCGAUCCCUGUUGGUUUCUUUAUGUUCUUCCGCAAUGAGCAGUUGAACAAACCUUGA